CUGAUACAUUGGUCGAUAAAAGACUACAGCCCCCCACCCAGAACCUCGAGAAUCUGGGGAGGGGGACAGUGGAAUUCCUUUCAUCCUACAGUUAAACAAUGUAGAAAUGGAUGGUAAGCAUAAAAAUGACAAACAUUUAACAAUUCACUCUAACAACAAGUGUGAGCUACAGAUCAUUCGUCCCAAUGCAACACGGUGGAAUUCAACCUACCUUGCCAUUGAAAGGAUAAUACACAUCAUUGAUGAGAAGGGGGAAGAUGCCAUCAGGAGCAUUUGUGAGGAGUUCAAGGUGAAAAUGUUGAGUCCUGCAGAAGUUGCCUUCCUUAGGGAGUACUGUACCACCAUGAAGCCACUGGUGAAAACUUCAAACAUCCUUCAGUCUGAGUCCACUUCCUUUAUGGGAUGGCUCCUGCCAGUAAUCCAACAACUACUGUCCAAACUUAGCAGGCUGGAGACAUCAAGCAAGACAUGUGUGCCACUCAUCAGAGUCCUGCAAAAUGGCCUUCAAAAGCCUUUUGGACCGAUGAUAGAGGAUCCAGAGUUGGCUGCAGCUGCAGUCCUCUUACCCAAGUUCAAGACUUCCUGGACUGACAGAGCAGAUGUAAUAGAGGCUGCCUUGGCAUACAUUAAACAACAUCUUGAAACGACGGAGCAUGAGAGUGAGGAUCAGCAAAGAGAGUCAUCUGAUGAAGAUGAAUUCUUCUCCAGACCAAUCUCCAGAAGGCUGCAAAGUGCAGCUGAGCUUGAUGGUUAUCUUGCUUGUGCCACAGACACCAUGGAGCUGCUGCACUCCUUCUCAGCCAUCAAAAACCUCUCUCUUAAACUGAACACAGCUCUACCUGCUUCUGCUGCGUGUGACGACUUUUUAGCUGUGCUGGUUUACUCUUCACAGCCAAACGAAGUCGGAUAG